AUGGAUCCUGAGUCGUCAGCAGCCGAAGAAUGGCAGCUUGUAGGAUAUGGGCGAAAGUCUCUGAAACCUCAUGCAUCAAAGCCUACGCCUGCCAAACCUACCAACCUCAGCCAGCCAGAUCAAACACAGCCUACUAACUCGACCCAACCUGUCCAGCGUCCUGAGCCUGUCUGCAAAGAUCAACCUACUGCCAGCAAAACACAGCCGGCAGCCCUAAAGGGACCGCAGAAACAACAGAAAGCCCAGGUUCCGUAUUCCCAGGCCCCUAAAAGACCAGCUCCUCAUACCGCUACGCAGCCUAGAGGUGGUUAUCAGAGCGCCAGAGGACGGGGAGGGUCCAAUGUGAAACGUGGACAGGGAACGCCAGCUCGACAAUCCAGCCGUCUUUUCAGCGAUUCCCCUGCUAAGUCAAAGUGGAGAGCGGGCACCCCGCCUACAGGUGAGGAUAUUGUUCGAUCGAACCCUAUCCAGAUCAAGCUGAUCGUGGGAAUCUGCAUAGCGUCUAACGGCAGCCAUAGGACUUACCCCGUUUCCUCCUCACGCAGAUUCUUUGCAGCAGCAAGAUCAUCCGUGAUGGGCAGCGACUCAUCUUCGACUCAGUGUCGAUAUGAAGUCUUUGAAGUGAUCAACCGGAAGACUGGUGCCUACGUUAAACCCCCUCAUUUUUCAGACCGUUUGAUCCUUCUAUGGGGUGAGCCGUCGCAAGCGGCAUCUGCUCAAGACCUUCUUCAAUUGGUUUUGAAUAAAUGCAAAAGCAUUUCAUCGACCCUGAAGAAGAAAUCAGAGUGGGCCAGAAUCCACGGCCAUUCUGAAACCAAGGAAGCCAUGUUCGAGUUGCAAGAGCGACAUGGAGCUAUCUUACAGCAACUUCGAAGACCGCCAGAGUCGCUUGCAAUGUACCCUGAACAGUUGCUCUUCUUAUGGCCACGGGACGGCCCGUCUCUCCGAGAUUCUCUUGGGCCACAGCUGGAAGCCUUGGACACCAUUCGGGCGAAGUUCGCGUGUCAUCUGUUCAUUCCAAACGGCCUUGCGGACUUCAUCUGUGUCGUUGGUUGUGAUCAUGACACGAUCAAGGAAAUUGUUCGCCGCCUGAGGACAAAGUGGAGCGAAAUAAUCGCGAGCAGCAGCGUCAAGGCUAAAGUUUAUGUCGUCGAACCCCCACCGUCCGGCACCGUGAGCAGAAUCCUUACCGAAAAACCAAAGAAUGCGCCUUUCGUGGAACUUGCUCUGGUUCAUGACAAGAUUGAAGGGACGGCCCUUCAACAGUGGCUGGGACGAGCUGCUUUGAUCCUGUCCAAGAACGAUACUCGUCUUCUUAACGCCAUUGAGAGGUCACUGCGGGGUGUCGCCUUCGUUAGAGGACACUUGCGCAUGCGUGUGAACCUUGGCUCGUUUGUUCUCUACGAGUACCGCCGUCCAUUGAACGGCAAGUCUUACGAUUUUGAAGAGCUCCGGGAGAUGCUCCUACAUGAGCAAACCAAGGGUCGUUUGAUUCCGGGGUUAAAGACAAAGCAAGAUGAUCUUCUCCAGAGAUGCUAUGAAGCAACCGAUCUUCUCGCACCAUAUGAGCGCACGUCGUCGUCGUUGAAAGAUCAUGAACUUCUGUACUCUGUCAACUUCGAAUUCCAAGGGUCGAACACUGCGAUGCUACGACUAGAGGCCGAGUUUGCCAAAAGUCCUGGGGCGCACGAAUACGAAGUCACGCAAAGAAGAUGGCUCAGGCCUCGUGGAAGCGGCUCAGUAACUGAAAAUCGUCCUCCCUUGCAGAUUGGAGUCGUUGACCUUGAGAGAUCGGAUUGGCAGAUAGAGAUCAAAUCCCUUGAGUUCUACGAGGCGUCUGCGAUCGAUUCUAAAUUGAGGGCGUUUUCUCACUCUGUGCGGUUCCAGAGAAAUUCUGAUACUGGCGACAUUUGCGCAGCGCCUCGUAGGAAGGUCAUAUUCCCAGACUCGGAUCCAGUCUCACGGUUUGUGGAAAAGACCGCCAUUAGGUAUCGGCUGAAAGGAACAAGCUAUAUCUUCGAGAUUGCCCGCUAUGAUGAGUACAGCCGUCCCCGUGGCGCGGCCCUUUUCGGAACUGCCUCGGUCUCUUGGGGAGCGUCUGUGUUCGAUCCCAACUGGGACAAUUUGUUGGGAGAGCAUGCAAACCUACCAGUCGGCCAUAGUGCCAGAUACAGCCCCGGUCUGCACACGUUCUUCCCAUCUCGAGAACCAAGCUCUGAACCAGAUUACCCGGGCUUCUGGGAGUUUAUCGGCUUGGUAAGACUGGUUGCCGAAUUGCUUGGUCCUGUCCGGGCUUUGACUGAGCACGCUGUGCAUCCUGCACCUGCUUCGAGGGACGCGAAUAACAAGAAAGAGCCGAUCUCGUCAAAUGAUGCAGUGGCUGUUGGUGACCGUGGCGGGAUGCUCGAUGCUGACCUCGGUACUCUUUUUUGA